AUGAAAAUACAGGUCCUACACCGCCGACAGGCGGAUUAUAUAUCGCAAGGAUCGCACGAUAGACCCAAACCUAUGAGAAAUUUAGAUCCUGCUCUCCAUCCUCUACCACGGCAUAAGGAGUAUGUGCGAGCUGUGGUUGCCGCGAAAUUAAAGAAAAUGCACGCGAAACCAUUCGUAGCGGCACUAGAGGGGCACACCGACUCCGUAGAUGCCAUGUCAAUGAGCAGGAGCAACCUGCGUGAUCUGUUCACCGGUAGUUGUAAUGGCGAGGUUAUGUUCUGGAAUAUGCUUACAAAACGAAAAGGUGUCCUAAUAGGGGUCCACGAAGGGUUUGUAAAAGGACUUUGCACAAACGGCGACGGAACGCUGCUCUACUCGUGUGGACACGACAAGUACCUCAAAUGCUGGAGGGUACAAAAAAAUGAACCUUUAAGGGAAACCGACGAUGAUGAGGAGUCCGAAGAGCAUUUUACUACAAAUAAAAGCGAGGAGAAACCUCUGACGGCUCCACCUCCAGAGCCUGCCGAGUCGUUCCUUUCUAAAUCCACGUUAAAUGGCCUAGACCAUCAUUGGACUGAUAACUUAAUAGCCACUGCUGGUGACACUUUGGAGAUAUGGGACAACCAACAUAACGUACCGGUAAUGAAAUUUGAUUGGGACUCUGAAGCUUUAUAUUGCGUCCGUUUCAACCCAUCUGAUGUUAACCUCUUGGCGGCGGCGGCUGCCGACAACUCGGUUGGACUAUAUGAUAUACGUUCGAAUUCACCCCUAAGGAAAGUAGUACUACAACAGAGAUCUAAUGCCAUCUGUUGGAACCCUCAGAACCCGUUAAACUUCACGGUUGCUAAUGAGGACUCCAACCUAUACACAUUCGAUGUGCGAAAGUUACAACGGGCCCUCAUGGUACACAAGGGGUUCACUAAUGCAGUUACCGACAUUGACUAUAGCCCAGCUGGUGUUGAGUUUGUCGCCGCAUCGUUUGACAAGGGUGUAAGACUUUUUUCCCUUGGUGGCAAAAGCAGAGAUGCGUAUUUCAAUCGGCGUAUGCAAAACGUACUCUGCUGCAGAUACUCAUUAGAUGGGAAAUUCGUAUGCACCGGGAGCUCAGAUAUGACCGUACGUAUCUGGAAAUCUGACUCGGCACAAAAGUUAGGAACCCUUACCCAUCGGGAAGAGGCUGCCAUAAAUUAUCGCAACGCUUUACAAGAGAAAUUUGCAGAACUUCCAGAAAUUAAACGCAUAUUGAAACCGAGGCAUCAACCCGCCAUAAUAGCCAAACAGAGCAAACUCAGGGAGGCUAAGGCUGCUGCUAAACGAAGAAGGGAUAUCAACAGAGCGCUACACUCACGCGAUUCAACAGUUACUCAAGAAAAGGAAAAGCCCAUUGUGAAACAAAUCGAGUAG